AUGAUAACGGAAUACCUCAUUCAUAAAGAAGAUUCUGCUUAACCUAUUUAGAAAUCUAAGAAUAGUGAAUAGAAAAUUUUAAAUCCUGUCACUGAAUUAACACAGACAAUUGAAAGAUCUAUUCCUAAAUUUUAGCAAUUAAUAAACUAAGAAUCCUCUGAAAAAGAUAAGAUAAACGUUGUCACAGUAACACAAGAAGAAAUUUAGACAGAUGAUGGUUAAAAAAUUGAUUGCUCUUAUGUGAAAGUAGGAAAAUAAUAAAUUGAUAUCUCUUCGAUUUUUAUCGAAAUAGACGAAAGUGAUAUAUAAGAUGAUGAAGACUAGACAACUUAAGGAAAUUUACCUAUUGCUUAAACUCAAGGUAAUGAUCCUAAAAAUUAUGAACAAAUAAAGUCUUAAAAUAAUUAAGAAUUCAUAAUUAAGUCUUAAUCGAAGUCUGUACAGGAAAAUCUAAUUCCUGAGCAAUAAGAUCAAGAACCUCUUAUUAAUUCAAAGGAGCAGUAGUAGAAGAGACCAAGCAUCUAGGAAAUUUAGAAUGACUCAGAAACUUCUGUAAAAAAAGCCAACGAAUGA